AUGUACUCAGCACAGGAUAUUCAGUGCAUGAAGCGGUCCGAGCUGCAGGCUCUGUGCAAGGUGGGUCACCUGGCAUCUUCCUAUGCCCAUCUCGGCCGAGUUGACUGACCGGCAGUGACCUCAUCGCGCAAAUCGGACGACUUUAGACGAACAAGCUCAAAGCGAAUGGCAAAACGGAGACAUUGGUGCAGAUGCUACUCGAUCAUUUCAGUCUGUAAGCUGCCGGCAUGUCUUCGUUCUUUGAAAGCCUUGUGCCGAGCUGACUGGACGACGUCUUUGGUGGCUCGCCUCAGAGCAUCUUCCAGUGCGCAAACAGCACCUUUGACGGCAAGAACAGCGGUCAGGAAACCGCUGCACGCUCCAGGAUCCAAAAAAACCAAAGCGCCAAACACAAUCAAGAAGAAACCCAUACCGGUUGCUUCCACGUUCCUGCCCACGCCUCAGCGGCCUUCCGGAGGCGCCGACAACGACGAUGACGACGAGAUGCGACUCCAAACCCCGGUCGCGAUCCGAGCGAAAAAAGUGUCGGCGCACAACUCCUUGUUGAAACGCGCACUCGAGUCAUCGUUCACUCCCGCUCCAGCUACAAGGCCUAGAGCCGCCAUUCAGGCUCAGGGUGGGUCAGAAACUGCGCUCGACCUUGCCCGAGCACUGAGGACUGCACACUGACGCUUUCUCCUAUGCCGACAGCUUCAUUUUCCACUUCACCAGCAACGAAGAAAAUCAUCAACGUUUUGCUCGCCACAGUCGACACUCUUAAAGCCGAACUCGCGACGACUCGAUCUUCGUUAACUCGCCUCGAAUCCACCACCAACAUCGUCUCAGCACCUUCGACACCUCCUCUGAAACGGGCGGAAGUGCUUGCCCUCGUGAAUGAGCGUAUUGUACAGCAUCGUGCUCAAGUCGAUUCUUUGAUCGAACAACGAUUCGCCUCUGUGAGCGCUCACCUGGCCGAGUUGAGCAAGGCGGUCGAGCUGGCCACCACUCGGGAGGAGCGGGAGUCCAUCAUCCAACUACGAGAUACAUUGGACGAGGAAGUUCGAUCGAAUCAGGUAUGGAGAAGAGAGCUGGAGGGUUCUUUCGAGACACUGCGGUCGAAUUUGACGGGUCACGUCGGGGGGACGACUGCGCCGACGUCGUCAAUCUCUCCCGCGCGUGCGCCUUCGGCCCCGGCUCAGAGUCCCGCAUUCGCUUCGCCUACCCUAUCGAACUCUUUUCCCCCUUCAUCACCAGCACCAUCGAUGAAACCGGAUACACCCUCUGCGGCAUCAGAAAGAGCUCCCGCUUCGGCCCCCGUAAGCCCCGCGAUCCUCGGCCUCGCAUCCACCCCUGCUCCAAACCCGGCCAGUCCGGCCAUGUCAGACGGUGCUCCCCCUACGACAACUCUGGCGUCCUUUUCGAGUCCCAGUGCAUCUCCUCGAAGGACUCCCCGAACUCGAAACUCGCAUAAGCCAAGCCCCUUAAAUAUCGCCCCGACCACCGUGACCUCCGAAGGGAUCGAGCCCGCGCUUGCUUUGCCGCUCCACAUGCUCUCCCACGUCUCGCCGUCCAAGAACAAAACCAUCUCGCCUCGUCGAGGAGCAUCCUCACCUCAGGCCUCCCCCCGGAGGUCCCUCGCUUCGGCAUCGACACCGGCGACAGCGACGGUUGUCGCUAUGAGUCCUGCACGAUCGAUCGUUAGGUCGAUCGGCAAGCGGCCAAGGCGGGAGAGUGAUAUUGGCGACGUGUCUGUCGAUGGCAUGGAAGUUCCGGGACGGGCGACCCCUUCCAGGGCUAUGGGAAAUAGUGAAGCAAGGGAAAUCAAGGGCUUGAGUGGUGGACGCGUAAGAAAGAGAAUGCGGAUCAGCCCCGGUGCCGAAAGUCAAGUGGAACAAGCGCCGGAAGCCGCCGCAGAGUAUGCAUCCGAGGAGGAGGAGGAGGAGGAGGAGGUGGUGCAAGCGGUCCUUACUUCUGACCCUGGAACGUUCGGUGAUGAGGAACUGCUCAGUGAAGUCUACCACCAGGCCGAAGAGACGACUCCACCCACACUGUUGGAUACCCCACGAGAAUUCUUCGUCUCGACCAAAUUAGGUGAUGACUCGUUCGUACAGCCUGCGACACCGUCGUCAUCGCGCAACCCCUUUAGGCUCGAUGGUGCUCCGUCUCUCUUCGUUUCGCCGUCGACAACUCGACAAAUUCCCCUUGGCCGAUCGCCAGCGACGAAGAUGACCUCGCCCUUCUGUGUCAAAUCACCUGCUCGAUCGCACAUCGCACGGUCUCUGCAUGGAACGCCUCGACGCACUCCCAUCAUGACCUCGGCAGCUCGCGUCUUUGCUGA